GACUAACAGCAGUGGAGAUCUAGUCAGUCUUUGUUCCCACUAUCUCACGUUUCUCUUUUCUCCUUUCCUGUUUUGUCUCACUGUGGUCUUCCCUGUUCGUGGGCUGCCAGACUUUUUCCCAUUGAUUUGGUUUCCUAGGGUGUGUGUGUGUGUGUGUGUGUGUUGACAGGAUUCCUUCCAUUCUGAGUGUGUGCAGAUGGCGAGUAGAAGAGAGAGAGAACAGCCCCAAGAGCAGGUUCUGGUGACCUUUGUCCUGCAGAGAUGAAACCAGUCAGUCAUCGCUGAAGCAGUUUUCCAGGAGAGUCUGGCAGACAUCUAAGGCCUUGAGAAACGGACUGUUUCCCUCAUUUCGUGCCUUAAACAUUGCCUUUGCUCAGUCUUUUCAACAAGAUAUAACUCAGAAUAACCUCCAUCACUCUGAAAAGAUUUGUAUUUGGAGCCAAAAUGGCCGCAAUCUGGGUCCACUCUUGGAUGUUGACUGUGAUGGUUGUCCUUCCACAUGCCUGGGCUCAGAGUCUGGUUGGAGUGAACUCUGGUGUGCGGGUAACACGAGGCAGAUCUGUUUUUGUGACAGAGAAGGACUUGCUCCUCAACUUUGACCCCAUAACAGACUCCUGUAAAGUGGAAGUUGUUCUCAAUGAACCAGUGACCCAAAGAGCUGGGACACUCUCCCCUCUGGUGUUUGACUGUCAUUUCCUGCCAGACGAGGUGAAGUAUGUUCAUAAUGGCAGUCCUCUACUUGAAGAGGAUACAGUUAUGCUCAGAGUCUACAGGUUCACUGACUCUGACACCUUCAUGGAGACAGUCCGCCUCAGGGUGGUGGUGGUGGAGCCCACAGACAGCCUGGUGGAGCUGGGUUCCACACCUCUGGUGGUUCCCCUGUUCUACGGCCUGUCCAACGCCAUCGACGGCUCGGUUCUGACCAUCCGCAGUCGGCCCGACGUGGCCUGUACCGUCAGGCUGAUGACCUCCGAGACCAGCGCACCCUCGCUCGGCCAGCUGGUGACUGAGGAAGACUCACAUUCCCAGCAUGCAUCUGGACUACAGCAGCAUGACUCUGCGCAGAGAAAAGGCAGACAGACUGUCAUCCCCUGCCCAGGGAACAAGCCCUGUCUCCAUGGCACCAAGGAGGUGAGCUUCCUCAAGGCAGACUGUGCGGAGUUUCUGACCUCUGGUCUGAAGUACCAGCACCUCAGUCCUCCCUCCCCAGAGAUCGACUACAUCCCUCUCAGGGUGGAGCUACGGGACCAGACCUCCAGGGCCCUGCUGGAGAUGGAGAGCGUGUGGCUGCCCGUGCUCAUCCACGGCGCCAUGCAGAACCAGCCCCCCCAGCCCGCCUUCAUGGCCUCCUUCAUCCUGGAGGUGGACCAGUUCAUCCUCACCCCGCUCACCACCGCCGCCCUGGACGCCAGCGACCACGAGACCCCCCAGGAGCGGCUGGUCUUCAACGUGACCUCGCCCCCCGCCGAGGGCUACCUCACCCACCUGGACGACCACACCAAGCCCAGCAGCUCCUUCACCUGGCAGGACCUCCACGAGAUGAGGGUGGCCUACCAGCCGCCAAACAGCAGCCACGCCUCCCGCAGGAACUACGAGGUUGAGUUCCAGGCGAUAGACGGAUCCUUCGUGGCCAGCCCACCUAUUGUGGUUCACUUCUCCAUCAGAGUAGCAGAGACCAAUGCACCGCGAGUGUCCUGGAACAUGGGGCUUGAUCUCUUGGAGGGUCAGUCUCGUCCAAUCACGUGGGAGGAUUUCCAGAUCGUGGACAAUGACAACCUUGAGGCGGUGUACCUGGUGGCUGUGGACGGACCCCUGCACGGACGCCUCAGCGUCAGAGGAGGAAAGGGCUUCAUGUUCCGGGUGCGCGACCUGCGCGACGGGGUCGUGGUGUACCACCACUCGGACAGCGACACCACCCGCGACCACGUCAUCUUCCGCAUCAGCGACGGGCGCCACAGCAUCCGCCACAAGUUCCCCAUCAACAUCCUGCCCAAAGACGACACGCCGCCCUUCCUCAUCAACAACGUGGCCUUCGAGGUCCAGGAGGGAGGGGCCGUGCGGGUGGAGGAGUACAUGCUGUUGGCCUCGGACUUGGACUCCAGCGAUGACUACAUCCUGUAUCAGCUGGUGACCUUCCCGUGCGCUGGGGAGAUGGUGAGGAAGGUCAGCCCACUGCAGCCAGGCGUUCCUGUGCAGAGCUUCCUCCAGAAGGAUCUGUUCCAGGGAGUGAUCUACUACAGACACUCGGGAGACGAGAUGUUUGAGGACUCGUUUGACUUCACCCUCUCUGACGGCCACCAGCCCCCCAACCUCUCCCACAUACACACCGUGGUGGUCCAUGUGUUCCCGGUGAAGGACCAGCUCCCCGCAGAGACGCCCGGCAGCGUCCGCUCCCUCACGGUUCCAGAGACCCACGUGGCGUACCUCACCCCGGCCCACCUCCACUUCACAGACGCAGAGAGCCCAGACACCGACCUCUCCUUCUUCAUCACCCGGCCCUGCUUCAGUCCCGUGAGACAUGGGCUCCAAGAUGCAGGCAGACUUUUCUACACAGACAGCACCAACUCCAUGAAGAAAGACAAUAUUGUGCCUGUGUUGAAGUCCUUUACACAGCACGCUGUGAAUCACAUGAAGGUAGCCUACAUGCCCCCGAUAGAAGACAUCGGGCCCGAGCCUCUCUCCGUCCAGUUCGUCUUCUCUGUGAGCGACCAUCACGGAGGCACCGUGGCAGGCCUGGUCUUCAACAUCACCGUCACGCCCGUGGACAACCUGGCGCCUGAGGCGUUCACUAACCUGCUGAGGGUGGAGGAGGGCGGGGGCUCCUUCCUGACGGAGGAGCACCUGUUGGCGAGGGACGGGGACAGUGUGGAGGGGGGGCUGAGGGUCGGGGUGCAGAGAGCCCCCCUCCACGGCAGGGUGGAGCUGCAGGGGCGUGUUCUCCACCUGGGAGAUUCCUUCACCCUCCAGGAUCUGCGAGUGCUGAGGGUCAGAUACAUCCAUGAUGACUCAGAGACAGUGGAGGACACUGUUGGGCUGACAGUCACUGAUGGAGUCAACUCUGCUGAUGUAGUCCUACCAGUGCAGAUUCUACCGAUCAACGACGAGCCCCCCCAGCUUGGCCCAGAGCUCCGUGGGGCCCUGGCCUGUGAGGAGGGGGGCCGUGUGCAGGUGACGGCCGACUACCUGUCCGCCACGGACGCUGACAGCGACGACGCCAGGCUCACGUACAUGCUGGCCCGGACCCCCGGCCGAGGGGAGCUCCAGAGAGCAGGGGUCAGCGUGGAUAAGUUCUCCCAGCAGGACGUCAUCCAGGGCCUGAUCUUCUACCUUCACACCGGAGGUGAGAUUGGACCCGAUCCCGUUUCCGACUCCGUGACUCUCAUCGUGUCCGACGGAGAGGCGGGAGGAACGCACAGCUGCUGCCAUGGCGACGCCCCACCCCCACCUGUUCCGCUACAUGGGACACUUCCUGUUUACGACCUCAAUGUGACCGUGCUUCCUGUCAACAACAAACCGCCAGCCAUCGUCCUGGGCGAUGUGUUUGCGGUGGACGAGGGCUCGUCGGCCUGUCUGUGCGGGGGGUUCCUGGGGGCCACGGACCCCGACUCGGACCCAGAGCAGCUGGUCUUCCACCUGGAGUCCCAGCCGCUGCGAGGUUUCCUGGAGAACACUUUGCCCUCGCCUGGCUUUGAGAAGAGCAACGCGGGCACCAGAGUGGCCUCUUUCAGCCUGGUCCACCUGACCUCCGGCCACAUCAACUACGUCCAAUCAGAGCACCGGGGGGUGGAGCCUACGGCCGACCAGUUCAGCCUCAGUGUGAGCGACGGCGUGCACAGGUCAAGCCCCGUCCCCUUCUACAUCAUCAUCCACCCCACCAAUGACGAGAGCCCUUCCUUGGUGCUUGGUAACUUCACCGUGAAGGAAGGCGGGAUGAGGGACCUGAGUCCGGCCGUUCUGAACGCGUUCGACCUCGACUUGCCCGAGGACACGUUGACCUUCACGGUGGUGGUCCCCCCGGGCCACGGCACGCUGCUCAACGCCAUCUACGGCAUGGAUGCCAGCCGCUACGAGGACAUGGGCUCCAGGCUCCUCCGGCAGAGCCUGCCUGUCACCUCCUUCACCAUGCAGGAGCUGAAGCAAGGGAUGAAGAUCGUGUACAUGCAUGACGACACGGAGACCCUGAAGGACGGCUUCACGGUGCGGCUGACAGAUGGAGCUCACACAGUCCAGGGGACAGCGCGGGUCCUCGUCCUGCCGGCCAACGACGAGCCGCCCCGGCUGCUGAAGAACGCAGGUCUGGAGGUAGGCUGGAUGGAGCAGAGGGUCAUCUCCAGCGUGGUCCUGGAGGCUGAAGACCUAGACACCCCCUCCAGCCAGGUGUUGUUCAUCCUCAACGCCAGCCCCAGGUUUGGCAAGCUGCAGCUAAAGACAGAGGCUGGUUGGACUGAUCUGGGUCCGGGUCAGAACUUCACCCAGGACGACGUGGAGCUGAACCGCCUGUGGUACACGCAUGCCACCAGCGCCGGGUUCAAAGGUCACGACAGCUUCCGCUUCGUCCUCAGCGACCUGGACCACGAGUCUCCUCAGCACAGCUUCUUCAUCUCCGUACGCACGGUGCAGAGGGGUGACCUCGUGCUGGUCACCAAGCCUGUGACCCUGAUGGAGGGCGAGAGGGUGGUCUUGACCACAGACAUCCUGCUGGCCAAUGACGGGGCUGGGAGACCGGAGGAGCUGUUGUACACGGUGCUGGCUCCCCCCACACACGGCCUGGUGCACGGCGUGCAGCGCCCGGGCCUGGCCCUGAGCAGCUUCACCCAGCUGGACGUGGCAGCGCAGCGAGUGUGCUACACCCACGACAACAGCCACUCAGCGCCCGUCGACUCCUUCAGUUUUGUGGUAACCAACGGCGACAGCUCCCGACGAGGCGCCUUACACUUCGCCGUCGAGCACGGCGACCGCAUCCCCCCCACCCUCAGCCUCAACGCCGGCGUCCUGCUGGCGGCGGGCGCCACGCACGCCAUCACCUCCGCCCACCUCCAGCUCACCGACCCGGACACCCCCGCCGUGAACCUCACCUACACCGUCACCCAGCUGCCUCGCCACGGCAGGCUGCUUCUGGGGGGGUCCCCCCUCCUGUCCGGCCCCCCGCGCUUCACCCAGGCCCAGGUGGACGGCGCCGAGCUGGCGUACCGGCACGACGCGGGGAGCACCGCCCAGAUCGACCGCUUCCUCUUCCUGGCCUCCGACGGCACCAAUCAGGGUUACCUGGAGUACGGCCAGCUGAGGGCGGAGCCUGCGGCCUUCACAAUACAGGUGGAGCAGGUGGACAGGAGCCCCCCAGGCCUGGCGACCAAGCGGACCCCCAGCACGGUGGAGAACCUGGGAGGGGGGAGCAGGCAGGGAAUCUACAUCACCUCCAGACACCUGCAGGCCUCGGACCCCGACAGCCCCGCUCAGGACCUGGAGUACGUCAUCACCCGCCCUCCCCACUCCGGCUACCUGGAGAACGCCCUCACAGGAGGCUACAUCAAAGGACGCUUCACCCAGAGAGACGUGGACCAGCGUGCCGUCCUCUAUGUGGUCCCCGGGGACGUGGACGUGACCGGAGACAGCUUUGAGUUCCGCCUGGCCGACCCAGCUGGAAACACUAUGCUGCCUGACGUACUGGAGCUGAGCUGGUCCCGCGUGGAGCUGUCGGCGGCGUGCUACCGUGUGUGUGAGAGCGCCGGUACCCUGCAGAUCCAGAUCCAGCGCAGUGGCAGGAGCUCGGACCCUGCCUACGUCGCUAUCCAGGUGGAGGAUGGUUCUGCCAAAGCAGGCCAAGAUUUCACCCACAGCACAGCCAGUCUGAUCCAGUUUGAUCCAGGAGUCAGCCUGAAGACGUGGAACAUCUACCUGAGGGAGGACGGACUGGAGGAGAACCACGAGACCUUCAACGUGGUCCUGAAGGAACCAAAGAACGCUGUUCUGGGUCAGAGAAGUUCAGCCAGCGUGGAGAUUAUUGACCCCCGAAGAGGGAGGUGUGACCCUGACGAUCUGAAGGUCGAGGAGCACGAGAGAGAGGCUCCCCCCCCAGCCCCUCCCCGCACCGCCCCCCCUCCCCCCCGCCCCGCCCAGACGGAAGAAGGAGGGGACGGGGAGGAGGACCUGCUGACAGACAUCCAGACGGAGCUCUUCUGGGAGAGCCGGCCCCACCCUCCCAGGGGCGACGUGCCCGACCGCAGGCCCUUCCUGGACCUCGACGACGGGCAGCUCCGGGACCAGGCGGCCCCCGGCUACACCUCCGUCCACAGGCGACCGUCCUCCUUCCAGCCCCCCACCCUUGGUCACCAUCUCCCCAGGCGCCCCCUCAAGCUCCUGGGGAGCGCAGGCGGCGGCCACAGGGUCCAGUCAUCAGGAGCCGGGAGGAAGACUGAGGAGAAAGUCUGGACGUUCCAUAGUGUGACCGCUGUCAGAGGGGGGCUGAACACUGAACCCGCCCCCCAGGUUCACCCUGACCUCCGGGUGACCCCUAUCUGGAGCUGGUCUGGCCGGGACGCGUCGCUACAUGACGUCCGAGCAGGGGACGACCCCCAGGUGGACUCCUCCCCCAGGUCCCAGCGGGCAGGGCGCCAGCGCAAGGCAGGGAGGGUGGUCAGCAGCUCCUGUCCCAGUGGCUGGACUCACUACAGGAGGCAGUGCUUCCUGCUGAGUCCUGGUAUCGCUAGCUGGAACAGUGCCCAGAGAACCUGCACCUUGCUGUUUGACAGCAACCUCACAAGCAUCCACUCCAAAAAAGACAUGACCUGGCUCUGGAAAUUCGCUGGAAGGAAGCCAUUUUGGAUCGGUCUCUCGGGCGGGGCAGGAGAGUGGACGUGGGUGGACUCGAAACCAUUCUCCUUCUCCAGACUGGAGAAGAACCCACCUCAGGAGAACCCGGGAGCGGAGAACGUCUCCACCUGUGUGUUGGUUCAGAACACCAGAACAUGGACACCUACGAGCUGCAACAUGGACUCCGAGCACAAAUACAUCUGUUCAUCUCGUGCACAGACUCUCUGAGGAACCUAGAGGAUGACCACACGCACAGGGCACAGAAUAUACACACACCUCUAUGAAUUUAUGUUAAAGUGUACUGUUUUAAUGCUCUGUAAUUUAAUUGGGUGUGAGAGGGUUUGAAUGUUAGCAAACACCCUGAAGUGUUUCGGUGCAGUGGACUUGUUGGGCUUGGUUGGUUCGGAAGCGGCUCGCUCGAUAUCCCAAUAAAAACAUUUGAAAGUCCAAACAUUGUGAAUAAGCGGUCUCGGACAAACGUUUCCUGAUGCUUCUCAGGUAAAAGCAUUCAUUUACUCGAUAGUUUUGGAAGCAUAAUUACAUUUUA